AUGACUAUUAAACCUCAUGAUAAUAAUAAACAAUUAAAACUACAACAAUUAUUAAUGGAAUGGAUUAUUUUCGACAAUCAAUCAUUAAAUAUAUUUAAAUCUGAUUCCUUUAAAACAUUUAUUAAUUCACUUGACCCUGCCUUUUCUAUUCCCGAUGUUAAAUUUAUAAAACAAUUGAUUCAUAAAUCUUAUAAUCAUACACUUCCUCUCAUUAUCAAACACAUUGAAGAGAAUGCAUUAUCAGUUAGUUUAACCACUGAUAUGUGGACUGGUCGUAAUAUAUUAGGAUUUCUUGAUGUAACUUGUAGUUAUUUAGAUGAAAAUUUUAAAAUGCAUGAACAAGUACUUGCUGUUGAUUAUGUAAGAUACCCACAUACUGCAAAUCAUAUUAGUGAUACAUUAUUAGCAAUAUUAGAUGAGUGGGGUGUUCGUGACCUAACUCAUAUUAUUACUACCGAUAAUGGAUCCAAUAUUAAAAAAGCAAUUAAAGACAUGGAACAUUCUGAUGUGGAUUUAUCAGAAACCUCCAAUUAUUUUAUUCAAUGUAUAGGAGAUGUUCCAACUCGUUGGAAUUCCAGUUAUCUUGCUUGGACAAGACUCAUAAAAAUCAAAGAAUUUAUUUCAUUGUUAGCAAGUUCUAUGGAAUCUGAAUCUGAUUAUGAUACUCGAAAAGAUGGUAAAAGGUUAAAAAAAAUUCUUCUAAGCGAUGAAGAGUGGGAGCUUUUGAAGGAAUUAGUUAAAAUCUUAAAACCAUUUGAAGAAGCAACUACAUACCUUGGUGGAAGUUCUUACAUUACAUUCAGUAUGAUGUAUCCAUUAAUACAAGAAAUUAAAACACGUCUUAAAAAUAACAUCCAAUCAAAUUCCAUAUCUGAUUUUGAGACAUUUAAUUUAGAAGAAUUAGAUGAUGUUUUUAAUGGUGAAUUUAUUGAAGAAAUAGAAGAUGCCGAACAAAAUGAUUUUAAUCUAAACCAGCCAAUGCACACUGAAGUAUAUGAUUGCUGUUAUGUUAGACCACGUACAAAACAAUUGACUUUUAUUAGAGAACAGAAUAUAAAAGACGAUUAUAAAUUGAAUUUACAAUUGAAAUAUAAUCAGAUAUCAGCUCAACAAUCAACAAUCACCAAUAUUUCAUCAACAAAU